AACCCUUCGCCACCCGCUACUCAAUCUCCACUCCCACAACUCACCCAUCAUCGUAGUGCAUAUCGACUUUAUUAUCAACUUCAUCUUUUUCUGUGUAGGGCGCCAUUCAAAAGAGUCAUCUUGAUCCGAGCACAAUCCGAGCAUAUAGCGAGCGCUUGAACUGUGUCGGACUCGCUGCUCAAGUCUCACCGACUUUUGCACAAUCCUGAGGAUAUAAACAGCUGUAUUCGGGAUCGUCCAAAGGGCUGAUCGUUGUCGUGAGUGCUGACAUUGAGCUAGGUAUCCAACCCCGACCAUCUGAAUUCCUCUGAAUUCGUCCUGAUACAUAUGGACUUCGACACAGCAUAUCAUCUGGAUCUCCUUGGUCAUAUCGAAUAUCGAUCAGCCAAACCUAUCAAAGCUUACGAAAAAUGGUUCAUUACCAGUAUCGACACCGUCAUCAAACCAAUAGAAACGACCAUCAGGGCGAGCGAUGAUUUGGCCGAAUUUCGCCAAAAUGUAAAGGACGGCGUCGAUGAAGAAUAUUUAUAUUCACCAUUGCAAGAAAUAUUUCGCAUGAUCGAGGGUGCAGCAGCAGAAGUGACAGGAUAUAAACGAACACAGUUUCGACAACUGGUGUCAAUGUCCGAUCACGUCCCUGAUGCUGAAAAUAUGUCCUUCCCCCACAAUAAGCCUGACUUCGUACUGGCUGAAGUACCUCCGACGUCGAGUUCUUUGACUCCCGCCAUUGAUGUAGGGAGUGACGGCGUCAAGUGGAGGCAGAUUUCUGGGUUUAUUGAAGUGAAACCCAACGUCAGGGAAGGUCCCAACGUCACCGAGCCCACAUCUGUGAAACAGAUCGUGUCGCAGGGUGCUGAUUACGCAAGGCUCAUCAUGGCCGCACGACCGUUCCAGCUCUACGUCCUGUGCGUGUUCAUUUACGGCCAUAAAUUCUCCCUUGGUUGGUAUGACCGCCGAGGGGUCAUCAUUUCCGACGACUAUGACAUCCUCGACAAUCUUGACAUCUUCGUCAAUGUAAUCCUUCAGCUCACGACACACAUGACUACCUAUCAGCUUGGACACGACAGGUCGGCUCGCUUGCUUGAAGGACAAUCGUACUACCAGUUCGAGUAUCCCUCCUUCCUAGUCAGCACGGGUGCAGCUGGCGAUACGCGUCUGUGGAAGACCAAGGGUCCCCCUGUAUGGUCUUCUUUGUCUUUACUAGGUCGCGGUACAGCCACGUGGCGAGCCACAUUGCUUGAUAACAACCCAAACAAGAAGGAAGUUCUUGUUAUUUUGAAAACUCUAUGGAGGUCGCAAACUCUGGAAAGCGAAUCCGACGUUUAUAGACAUAUCAAGUCACCUUUACCAGGCGUCGCUGAACUCAGUCUUGGGGAUGAUGUCUGUAUUCCUGUAGCAAUGGAGACCCACGCUCGUGUCACGAUCAGCACCCUACGUUCUCUCAUUCUUGAUGACGACGCUGUCGUCCUCGAUGAUCCCGUCCUCCAUCGUCUCGCGCUGAAAACUGUGGGACUCCCUUUGUGGGAUGCCGGCACAACAAAAGAUUUCAUUUUAGGGUCUCUCGCUGCACUCAAAGGACAUCAAGGACUCGUGGAGCAAGGCAUUCUUCAUCGAGACAUGAAUCCAGGCAAUAUCUUUAUCGGCGGUCCGGAUUGCGCUGAAGGUUGGGAGGGGUUUCUCGCAGAUCUCGAGCUUGCCUCAGUGGCACAGUCAGAGACUGAAACCGUAGUCUCAUUACAUCCACUCUCCCCCUCCGCAGGCCAGUUGAGCACUAGAGACGUCUUUGUGGAGGAAACCGGCCAGUUGAGCUCAAAGGCUCCUGGCGCAGAGAUCACAGGUACUGCCUUGUUCAUGGCCGAAGAACUGCUAUCCAUGAUGCUUCACGCGGACAAGUCCAAGAAGAACAUUCGACCGGCUGCAAUCAAACGCGAGGUCCGCCAUGACCUGGAAUCUUUCAUUCUUGUUCUUUUCUACUCAGUCAUGAAACGCGGUCUGGAGCGCCGCCUCUGGCACAAGGAGCCAUACAUUGAAUUUCGGAUCCAACAACUAUACAGUACUUUGUUCGGUGGCCAUACUGUUUGGCUCAUCCGAAAAGGACGGUCCUGCUUUUUCGAUGAAAGCGACCCUCCUGUAUAUCUUUUCGAUGCCCUGGAUCCGCCAACGCACAGACUACUUUAUGGCUGUUGGAAGCUUUUGAAAAUCCAGCGGUCCUCCAACUUUCCUUACAAUGAAUAUAGAGCAAAGGUUGAUCAGAAGAUGCAAUGGGCGAGUGGCUCGGAGGAAUUAAAGGUGAUCACUUACGCGCAGUUGUACAAGGUCUAUGAAAUAGCGAUGCGAGUUUUGAGCAGUUGACUAGAAUGAUCAAUGUAUUGUGUACUUUGAUUUUGUCGUCAAGAGUAGAGGCUUGUAUGUCCAUGCGCUAUUAUGGUG